GCCGCAACUUCGCUCUUUGUUGUUUUUCUCAAUUCCAAUUUUCCCUCACCGACAAUAUUCUUUUGUCGUCUUCCUCGUCUAUGUUCGAAUCCAGAAAAGUUCAAACUUUUAAACCCUCAAUUCUACACCAAAAGCUCCAUUUAUGUGUUUAUAUAUAUGGGUUAAAAUCUGAUAUAUAUCCCAGAAAAAGAAGUUUGGGGAUGAAAAUGCACACGCUGAAAGAUAAAGUUGCGGGAAGUCUUUCACGUUUAUUUGCAGAUUCACCGCCUCCUCCUUCUCCUCCUCCUCCUCCUCCGUCUUCUCCACCACAUCUUUCUCAGGCCAGAUGGUACACCAAAGGCUCAAAAUCUUUGUCUUCAAUUGUUUCUUACAUCAUUCCUUCACUAAGCUAUGUAGAGUCUAAAUUGAAUGAUGACGGAACUAAUCUAAAGCCGGUUCAGUCGCAUCCCGCUAGAUGGAAAAAUUACAAAUUCGAGAUGCUUCGUGAAGUCCCAAAUAGUAGUAAUAAAUACACCACUACUUGUAUGAGCGAAGAAUCAAGAAAAGCUGAUGAAGAUAAGAAGAAAAUUUGGACUCAUACUGACGAUAAGCCAAUGUUUGUUAAGCUUAGUCCUCGUAGCGAGAAUAAGGUUCAUGUUUCUGCAAGCAGCAGUAUUAAUUCUGAAGAAUUUCAAGAAGCAAGAGAAGAACAGAGUUCAAUGAAGUCUCCACCAAAACUUUCUGAUGAAUCUGUAUUCAUUAACUAUGAUUUGUACGAGUUCUUAAUGUCUUCCCUUCCCAAUAUCGUUAAAGGGUGUCGAUGGAUGCUGUUGUAUAGUACGUUGGAGCAUGGUAUAUCACUUCGUACACUAAUUCGUAAGAGUGCUGAGCUUCCUGGCCCUUGUUUGCUGAUUACUGGAGAUAAGCAAGGAGCCGUCUUUGGUGCCAUGUUAGAAUGCCCUUUGAAACCUACACCGAAGAGAAAAUAUCAAGGAACAAACCAGACGUUUGUAUUCACAACCAAAUAUGGUGAACCGAGGUUAUUUAGACCCACCGGUGCAAAUCGUUAUUAUUAUAUAUGUAUGAAUGACAUGUUGGCGUUCGGAGGCGGUGGCGGCUUUGCUUUGACCAUCAACGAAGAUCUUUUAAGUGGAACUAGUGGACCUUGUGAAACGUUUGGGAACUUAUGCUUGGCUCGUAACAAAGAGUUUGAAGAGUUUGAACUAAAGAACGUCGAGCUUUGGGGAUUCACACAUGCAACACACAACUUUCGAAACUGAAAGUGAAUGAAGAAGACUCAAAGUUGCCAUUCUUUAUUAGUUAAUUUGAACCAUCUACGAAUAAAACUAGAUAUUGGUGUAAGAUUUAUGGAAGUAGGAUUCAAAUCUGGAAUUAUAAAUUGUCUUUUCA